GUUCGAGGUCCCUCCGCGUGUCUGUGCAGUAUUCUCGGUACCUGGCAUUAUAUGGAACAUGACAUACUGGAACAAGUACCUAUACCCCCCCACCAAUGACUUCAGCCCCGCUCUGGCCCGGUUCCCAGCGAUGGGCAUUAUGGCAGCGUCAUGGCUUCCCGGACUGUAGAACCAAAAGGGCUCCUGCCUUUUAAAAGCAACCGCGCCCUGACGUUUUGACUUCCUGUCCCUGCCCCUCCCUUGGUUUGAUACCCGCUCCCUCAAUUGACUUGGGAUUUCUCUCAACUCUCACUUCAUCUCUCCUUCCCCCUCCUCACCCUCCACUGUGCUCUGUACUUCCUCGUCUUCGAGAUCCCAAAUCGGUCUUACUUUGGUUCUCUGCUACUUCGGCGCAUUCCUGUCGGAAAUAUACCCCUCUACCCCGCCAACAACGAAAUCUCUUACGGACCUUAACCCACCGUCUCUCAUCAUGCCUAAGAUCACGGAAAUCUUCUUCGACUGCGACAACACUCUGGUGUUGUCGGAGGAGCUGGCCUUUGAGGCCUGUGCUGACCUGGCCAAUGAGAUUCUGGAGGCUCACAACAUUCCUGAUCGCUACACCGGCGAGCAGCUGAUCAAGGAUUUUGUCGGCCAAAACUUCCGAGGCAUGAUGAUCUCCCUCCAGGCCAAGUACAAGUUUGAGUUGGAAAAGGACGAGCUGGAGAUGUACGUCAAGAAGGAGGAGGACAAGGUCAUUGCCAAGCUGGAGGCCAAGGCUGCCCCUUGUGUCGGUGCCACUGAGCAAUUGGACAAGCUCUUCGCUGAGAAGAAGUACCACAUGGCCGUGGUCUCGUCUUCAGCGCUUCGCCGAGUCAUUGCGUCCAUUAAGAAGGUUGACCAGGACAAGUACUUUGACGAGGGCAUGGUCUUCAGCGCCGCUACUUCUCUCGAGAAGCCUACUUCCAAGCCCGAUCCGGCCAUCUACCUGCACGCACUGAAGGUGUGCGGUAAGACUGCUGCAGAGACGGUGGCUGUGGAGGACAGCAAGUCCGGUGCUCUCUCGGCCGUUCGUGCCGGUAUUCCAGUUAUUGGCUACGUCGGUAGCUACGCUCCAGACAUGCAGGCAGAGAUGAGCACUCGCCUGUUGGAUCUCGGUGUCAAAACCAUCAUGACCCACUGGUCCGAGUUCCCCAAGUGUAUGGAGUUUAUCGAGAACAGCCCUGCGGAGGCCACUCAGUCCAGCCUGUGAUCUUUCUUUCUUUUUUUCUCUUCUUUUUCGUCACCGGAUUUCCCAUUUCAGCACGAUGUCAUGAAAGCAAGCGAGUGGUCGUUCUGGAGCUUUGCUGGUUUAUUUAUUAUCUCUCUUACCUCGAUCGAUUUCUGAGGUCUCGCCCAGAUUCCAUCAUAUUCUCUGUCCCUGGAUGCGAAAGGGCCGGCAAGCAUUCAUACCGGAUCAUUGCUGUGUGCUAGUCACCUCUGUUCACUGUCCUUGCAUUAGUACGCCGUACCUUUAUUUUAUCGCGUAUAGACAGGUCUUCAAGAGCAACAGUAUAUCAUAUCUGUGUUGUUAGCCAGCAAAGAUAAUACAAUGAAGAUUUUAUCUGACUGAAGCCAUAUCAAUACGAGUAGUAUGUAAU